GGUUCACGUGCUGCUUGGCGGAGGUCACACGAAAAAGCAACAUGGCGAUUUCCAUAAUAAACAUGUCCAGGGUGGUAUGUAGGGGAUUAAGAUCCUUCCCUUUACCGCGUCCAGGAGUCCGGUUACGGAUGAUGAGCACCACAGCGGGCGAGAGAAACAAUACUAUCGUGGAGUCCACAGACGAAUACAAGUAUGUGGAAAGGCUGAUCCCGCCUACUCAAGUUCCCACCCCACCUAAACAUGGGGGCCCUGCCCCAUCUGGCUGGAGUCCUCCCUCAGAAGUGCCCCCCGAUCUUCCUUAUAUGAUACGUCGCUCCCGCAUGCACAACGUCCCUGUCUACAAAGACAUCACCCAUGGCAACCGGAUGAUGACUCUUCUGCGCAAGGUUGAAGGGGACAUCUGGGCUUUGGAGGAGGAUGUGAAGGAGCACUUGCACAAGCUGACAGGCAAAGUCCCGCCCACACAGGUCAACGAGGUAACCAUGAGCAUCCGGGUCAAAGGUGACUUUGACAAGGAGCUGAAGCAGUGGCUGAUCGAAAAGGGCUUCUGAGCAGUCGGACUGAUGAUGGCUCUCCAGCUGUGGGUCUGUCUUGCACCAGUCAGGACGCAGAAGCCAACCAACCAGAGAGAGGCUGCCAAAUCCUGUUCAACCACUUGCCAGCCAACCUAUUAAGCGUUCCAUGCACAAUUCCAGAUGUCAGACUUUCUGCCGUUGCACACAGCAAGUUGUUUAAUUUAAUGUGUAGUUUUCCCAGCUAGGCACUUGCAGUUCAACAAAUCACUGAGUAUGGUGUAGGCUGUUCCUAAAUUUUGCACCAGUGUACUCCCAAUAAAGGACUGUGGCUAUGUUGAACAGGUGUGGCAGCAGGAAAAUAUUUUAUUUAACCCUAAAGGUUACGGAUAUGACAGAAUUAGGUAAUAGUUUCUGUAGAUGGCCUCAGCCUUUCACAGUCUAAGAAAUACUGACCACUUUGUUUGCCAGUCUCUAUAUAUAUUCACAGAAUUUGGUCAGACUUAGUCAAUGGAGUCACUGAUGAAAGAUUUAGGCCAAAUCAGUGGUACCCACUUCUAGACAUUGUGGUUGUGCCAUCAAGACCAGUCCCACAAAGUCUAGCAUAAUGUUUUUUACAUUUCAGUAUUCAGUGUAUAUCAACAUCGUAAUUAUCAUUUAGUAAACCACACUUGAUUGAAACCAGUCUUAACUGAAAGAUAACUGUCAAUUACUAUAUUAGUGAAAAACCAUAACUAUAUUUAUUAAAAGAUGCUGGCACUCUUUAAUACAUGCAUUCUCCCAGAAACUUUCUGAAUCAUAUCAAAGCACCAAAGCAAGUACGUACGCUUUAUUGUUCAACAAUUACAAUAAAUGACAAUUACAGAAAACA